AUGGUCUUUAUUUCACCAGAGCGGUUUGUUUGGAAGCAAGCCAUCAGACUGGGAUGGAAGGCUUCCAACAAUGAAGCGGAGUACGAGGUUCUGCUAGCUGGUCUACGCAGCACUGAACACUUUAAUGCAGAGGAGUUACUCGUUUAUAGUGACUCCCAACUUGUGGUGAACCAAUUGACUAGAGUAUACGAAACUCGCAAUGACCGGAUGACAUCCUAUGCAGAACAAGCCAAGCACCUGAUCCGCAAAUUUCAAGCUAUCAGGGUUGUGAAAAUUGGCCGUUAUGGAAAUAGCCACGCCGAUGCCUUAGCCUGUCUUGGCUCUUCGGUGGACUCCAAAAAUGGUCGCAAGAUAUGGAUUGAAUUUGUUCCUCAACCGACUAUCGAUCUACCCAGCUCGGUCCUCUGUACUGACCUCGGUCAGAGCUGGAUGGACCCACUCCUUGCCUUCUUAAAAAAUGGUGCCCUUUCAAAUGACAAGAAAGAAACACAUAAAACAAGGCAUCGAGCUGCGCGAUUUUGGGUCUCACCUUCGGGCAAGCUCUACAAAAAGUCUUACCUUGGUCCGUAUCUUCUUUGUGUUCACCCCAUCUUGUGGAGAACUUUCUUUAUGAAAUCCAUGAGGGGAUCUGUGGCAAUCACACUGCAGGUCGGUCCUUGGCACACCGAGCCCUCACUCAUGGGUACUGGUGGCCGUGGAUAUCACAAACAAUAUGUCCAAAAAUGCGACAAGUGCCAAAGGUUUGCCCCAUUCAUUCAUCAACCAGCCAAGAACUUAACUCCCCUCACCAGUCCAUGGCCAUUUGCACAAUGGGGUCUAGACAUCGUUGGACCUCUAGCAAGGGGUACUGCUAACAAAAGGUUCUUCGUUGCUGCCAUUGACUAUUUCACUAAGUGGGUGGAGAUUGAAGCCUUAGCAAGCAUAAAGGAAGUUGACAUGAAAAGGAAGUUUUGUUCUGACUUAAAAAUUGAGUUUCGAAAUUCUACUCCAGUCUACCCUCAAGGCAAUGGUCAAGCUAAAACGUCUAAGAAGACGGUCAUUAAUGGGAUGAAGAAGCGGCUGGAGAAGGCCAAAGGCAAAUGGGUGAAAGAACUGCCAAACGUCCUGUGGGCGUACAGAACAACACCACGGCGAUCGACAGGGGAGACGCCUUACUCUCUCACUUAUGGGAUGAAGGCCAUCAUCCCUUUAGAGGUCGGCCUUUUCACUAUUCGGUCUGAAAUUUUUGAACCAGCAAAAAAUGAUGAGGUUAUCGCCCAAGCUCUUGACCUGACAGAGAAGCGCAAAGAGGCCGUGCUCAUUCGUCUAGCAGCAUACCAACAAUAA